AAUAUCCCACUCAGCAUCUCCAAAAACACCACAACCUCAACUUCUCAGCCUCACCAAUUUCACUUGUUUGAUUUCUCACAGACACAAUUCACACAAUCAUGUUCCUUUGAGAAUUAACCAGCACAAGCACAACAGAUAUCGGGUCUGUCUUAGUUUGACACCUGGCGAAAUUCCGCUUCAAAAGGUCUAUUUCGAGAGAAAUAUUCUUGGAGCUUUGAAGAACUGCAGCAUCAACAUAACAACAAUUCUGGCCAAAUUUGUAGCCAUAUCUUCAUCUUCACCAACUAUAGCAGUCCUUGGUCCUUGGUUUUCUGGUUCACAGUUUGGUUUGGACAGGCUACUAUCUCUUAUCCUGAGCCUUCCCACUGAUUAUGGUUAACUUCUGUUUCACUCUUCUCCAGUGAUUUUCCAUACUCUCAAACAACCUCUUUGUUGUUGCUAAACUCUCACUAAGCAGAGAUGUGAGCGGCAAUAGGAUUGUAUGUAAACUACUAUUAAGUUUAAAAGCGCAACGAAGAUUGAAUAAAAAGGAUUUGGAACAAGCUUUAUCUUCUGCGAUGGCUAUGUGUAGGUGUGUCUCUGUUUUGAUUGGGAGGGAGGAGAAAAGCAAGGGUCCUGAACGAUCUUCAAAACGGGGCCUUAAAACUCCACUUGCCAAACUACAACAUCCAAAGUGUUCAUCAGAGAGUCGUGAUUUGAAGCCAGCCAUUCUUGAUGUUACAGUAACCUGCGGUAUCCAGAAGAAUUCAAGGUGCCAUGUGAGGGUUAUGAGUUUUGAUAGUCCAUUGAAGAAUGAAGCGGAGGAAGCUUAUGAAGGGGAAGAUGAGCAUGAAGAUUCCCCCUCCAUCAAGAGGGAGCUCUCUGAUUUUGAUCUCCAAGCCCAUGAAGCUGUUGCAAGCGAAGGAGGAUAUGAUCCAACAGAUAAAGAGAUAAAAAAUCCCAGUUUAUAUGAAAACCAAUCCAACAUUCCAUUGGGAGACAAAAACGAUAAGUACAACAAAAAGAGUGUUGAUGUAAUCCAAAGUGGACAUGUCAGUGAUCCUGGGAUUGGAAAGACUGAAUUCUGGGCUUCUCCAAAGCUCGAGAGAUCCUGCUCUAACCUGGAAAGAAGGGAUCUACUUAGGAAUACAGCUCAUCAUUUUCCAUCUUCAAAGUCACAGUCUUUUGAGGAUUUGGAGGAAUUAUCAGCAAAACACAUGGUUAAUCUAGAAAGCCCCAGGUCUGUGAUGACUCACUGCAGUGCUAAUAGAGUGCUGUUGAAAAGGCAUUCCUCAAGUCAAGUUCUCCCUUCUGGAAGUAAAACAUUGUGGUGGAAGUUGUUCCUAUGGAGCCACAGGAACAUACAUAGACCUCGGUUACAUCCAGCAAGUGCUGUUUUAAAUAGUCAAUGCGGGUACUCUUCAGACACCCUUGAACCAAAACAAGGUAAGGCAUUGAGACAUGUGGAAUUACCCUCACCCGGGUCAUCUUCUGGGGAACACUUUCACAAAGGCUGCAAUGAAAAAAAUAAUGAUAACCAAAGGUGGAGCAGAUUUCACAAAGAAAACUUUGGUUUUUGGCCACAAAACCAAUGGGUAGCUUUCUCGACAGAAUCAUCCUCCUUUACCAGAGUGAACGAGUGGGUGAAAGAUCUCGGAAUUCAGCAGCCACCUCCCCAGGAUGAUUUUGAUGAUAACAAUAUUGGAAACAUUGUCUUCCCACCUUCUCCUGACGUUGGUAGAUCAUUGGCAAGAAGCACAGCUCAGUUGGUUCGACAUCAAGGUGCCAAUAUUUCAAAGGAGAUUUUGAAUGCCAAUAGCGUGGUCCAGUCUCUGAAUCCAGCCUCAACUGCAGCUCAUAUAUCAGGAAUUGGUAUAAAAGUCAUCCCUGCAAUUUCACACUUCUCCUGUCUCCGCUCUGUCAAUUUGUCAAGCAAUUUCAUAGCUCACAUCACUCCUGGAUUUCUCCCAAAGGGUAUUCACACACUUAAUUUGUCAAGAAACAAGAUUAGCACCAUUGAGGGCCUUAGAGAAUUAACUCGGUUGAGGAUACUUGACCUAAGUUACAAUCGCAUCUCAAGAAUUGGACAAGGGUUAUCAAAUUGUACACUAGUCAAAGAGCUAUAUCUUGCUGGAAACAAGAUAAGUGAUGUUGAGGGGCAACACAGGUUAUUGAAGCUAACAGUUCUGGACUUGAGCUUUAACAAGAUCACAACAACAAAGGCAUUAGGCCAGCUUGUGGCUAACUACAACUCACUUCUGGCGCUGAAUCUGCUUGGCAAUCCAAUUCAAAGCAACAUCAGCGAUGAUCAGCUGCGAAAAGCAGUUUGUGGUCUUCUUCCAAAGCUUGUGUACCUGAACAAGCAACCUAUCAAGCCUCAAAGGGCACGAGAAAUACUCACUGAUAGUGUUGCCAAAGCUGCACUUGGGGAUAGCACCCGGAGCUCCUACAAAAAAGUACUAAAGAAAGGUGGCCAAGGAGGAUCAAAUUCCUCCAGUGUGCAUAGAAGCAGUGCUAGUGUUGCCCAGAAAGGUCUCAUGUAGAAUCUCCCCUUGUAGGAUUCCUCUUCACGAACAGCUCACCUCAGCGCCGCAGCACGAACAACCUCCUUGAAGCUGGACUGUGGCAGAUCUUCCAAACUAUCUCUCGAGGAGGAAGGGGAAGUGUGUGGGCACUGAUUAGAUAGAUUCUGAGCUUGCCUCUUUUUCACAAAAAAGACCUCUACAGCUGAUGACUUAAGAGGUACUAUUUAUAUGGGUUCCAAGAAACCCUAGUUCAUUGGACUCUAGGUUCCUUGGGCUCUUCUCAUACUAAUAACCCAUUUGGGCUUUAGUAAAAGAGCAAACCCAACAAUCUCCCACUUGCUCUUUUGGAUACAAACUUGAGUUGUAAAACCCAAGAUCAUGUAACCCAUAAGUCAUCAUCUAUCCGAAAAAUACCCCAUCCCUUGUCUCAAGCUAGCUUGGGGAUCUACCAUCUGUUAUUAAUCAAGGCUCCUGAUAAUCAACGAAUGAUUAUCUAAUUCGGUGCUACUCCACUAAAAGCC